UUUAUCGUGGUGACACGGUAGUCACUGAUAAGAAAACUGUUAUAAAAGUCAUCAUCAGCCUGUAGACAGCAGGAACUGGCCGACUUUGGGAGAGACUUGCCUGUUGAGCCACUUCCAGCGAGCAGGAUGGGCUUUGGUUGCAGCGCACUGCCGGUGCUUCUGGUGCUGGUCAUGCCGCCUGUCUGGGGCCUCAUCUAUGUGCAGCCUGAGCAGGUUCACCUGUCGUACGGCGAUGUUCCGACCGAAAUGGUGGUCACGUGGGUGACCCAGGACACGACCUCAGCAUCAACAGUGAUGUAUGGCUUGUCAGACCUCAAUCAGACAGCCUCAGGAAGCAUGACUACAUUUGUGGAUGGUGGUUCCCAGCGUCGUACACUGUACAUUCACCGCGUGACACUCACUGGUCUAAAGCCCGGACAGAAAUAUGUGUACGUGGUUGGAGGACCAGAAGGUUGGAGUGAAGAGUUUCAUUUCAGUGCCAUGAGGGACGGCAGUGACUGGAGUCCCAGGCUGAUAGUGUACGGCGACAUGGGCAACGAGAACGCACGAGCUCUGCCUUACCUUCAACUGGAUGCCACCACCGGACACUUUGAUGCUGUCCUGCACGUGGGUGACUUUGCCUACAACAUGGAGGACUAUGAUGCAAUGGUAGGAGAUGAGUUCAUGCGACAGAUAGAAGUCAUUGCAGCAUUUGUGCCCUACAUGACUUGUGUGGGAAACCACGAAUAUGCAUAUAAUUUCUCCAACUACCGUAACCGGUUUACAAUGCCUGGUGGAGAUGGCACAGGAAUGUACUUCAGCUGGAACAUCGGCCCCGCCCACAUCAUCAGCUUCAACACAGAAGUGUACUACAAUGAAUACGCCACCACAGACAACAUCAAACGUCAGUAUGACUGGCUGGAGGCGGACCUACAGGAGGCCAACCAGCCAGCCAACCGUGCAGCCAGACCUUGGAUCAUCACCAUGGGACACAGACCCAUGUACUGCUCCAACGACGACGACGACGAGAUGUGCCGCAACCCCGCAAAUCCUAUACGCAAUGGCACCGCUGCCUUUUGGCCAAACCUGGAGGACCUGUUCUACAAAUAUGGAGUGGAUUUGGAAAUAUACGCACAUGAACACUCCUACGAACGGUUGUGGCCCGUGUACAAAUCAAAGGUGUGCAACGGAAGCAGUGAACCUUACACCAACCCACCAGCACCAGUCCACAUCAUCACCGGCUCAGCGGGAGAUAAGGAGGGUCAGGAAAAGUUCCUGCCUCACCCAGAGGUGUGGAGUGCUGUUCGUAGUGAUGACUAUGGCUUCACCGUCAUGGACAUCAUCAACUCCACACACCUGACUCUCAGCCAGGUGUCCACUGACAAGGAAGGACAGGUCAUCGACAGUGUUAUCCUCGUUAAGGAUAAACAUGGCGCUGGGCUGUACAACUGUGUGUAAGAAGAGGGUCGGAAACUGAAUCACAACUGACAGCUUCGCAACACAAAGCCUGCUUACUCCUUGACAAGCAUUCAGUGAACAAGAAAGGCAAUAAAGUGAUUCAAAAUUA